AUGUUUUCAAUGCUUCCGGACGAGAUCCUCGUUCUCAUCGUCAAGGCCGUCGAUCGGGAUUUGAAGGACCUGGAAAAUCUCGCCCUCGCUUGUCGCGCACUCCUCCCGGCCAUCCGCGAGGAGCUGUUCACUACGGUGAAUGUAUGUGCUCUCCGGGAGACAUACAUGCGCCCAUACUUUGGGCGCAUCGAGGAGCUGCGAAUCGAAGAGCCCAACCCCAGCUCGAACGACGUCAUGAAGGGCCGCUUGGUCCCAUACCUCGACCUGCACGCACUCCCCAAGCUCAAAUCCAUCCACUUCAGCAAUCUAUGUGUAGGUUUCUUCAUCUGGAUGUCCACGGACGUCUACUGUGGGCUGUCGGCCCUCACGUCAGUCACUACCCUCGCCCUGUCCGGGUGUGUGUGCUUUGUCCACCUCCGACAUAUCCAGACCUUGAUCUGCUCCCUUCCGAACCUGUCGGAACUCUCGCUGCAGGAUGCGGAGUAUUUUCCAUCAUCGUGGACUCGGAACCUGAAAUUGCCUGAGGGUUUCAAACAGUUGGCAGAUGGCGUCUCGUCCGAAAUGGCGGUGCGACCGAAGCUCUCAAACCUCUCGGUUGCGACAUCCAUUACUGCUGUGACAGACGACGUGGCAGGUUGGCUGGCCUCCGGUCCCAGCAAAGAAUCGCUUACCACUCUGGUGGUGACGCGCUGGUCAAAUUCACCCAGCUCCGUGCUGCGGCACUUCGGGACGAACAUCGAACACCUCAGUAUCCCUCUCAAGGGAAAAGGCAAUAGGGCCUGCUACAGCAGAUAUCUCGGAACGUACACCAAUCUGCGCACCCUCACCCUGUGGCUGGAUACGAUGGUGGACUCGCCCCAAGCAUGGAAAGUUCUCCUGCACUUACUCGAGCACUGGAUUUCGGCGGAGCAUCUGCACACCGCCACCAUCAACGUGCACAUAUCUUCUUCCGUGCUGGCCCGUUGCGAAUCCGAGCCGCUGAGCUCACACAUCGAUUGGGACGUCCUCGGGCUGCUGAGCAACACGCUCAACAAUCCCAAAUUUGCUGUCCUUGACACCGUCAUUUUCGAGGUACAGUGGAGUGGGGAGUGGGAGGUUGCUAAGGUGGAGAUGCGCGACGGGGCCCUGGCGAACAGAAUCGAAGAGACUUUGCGCAAUGUCACGCCGGCGGGGCGGAGGUUGGUUACGAGCGUACGGGGGAUGAGGAGAACGUACGGGCAUGGUAUGUGUUGGCACAGAGGCGAAAGGCCGAGCGACAUGAAGGGCUGA